CGGAAUCGUCGUUCGUGAUUUCAUAACAUAUUCGUGUCCUACUCCAAGAAAGCCAAGCUUUCCCUAUCGCCCAUCGGCAGAUUGAUCAAACUUGUCCGGAGCAAACAUCAGCAAGUGUUAGCCAACCAGGAACAGGAAGGGCAAAAGAUCAGACAAGAUGGCAGAUGCAUCCGCGUUGUUCCGAGUGGACGGCCUCGUCGCUGUCAUCACCGGCGGCGGCACCGGAAUCGGCUUAUUGAUGACCCAAGCGCUCGUCGCCAAUGGCGCCAGCAAGGUUUUCAUCUUAGGCCGCCGCAUGCAAGCGCUAGAGACUGCCGCGGCUGGAAGCGAGGGCAAGAUCGUUCCGAUUCAGUGUGAUGUGACGUCAAAAGCCUCCAUCCAGGCCGCGGUGGACAAAGUGGCAGCCGACACGGGCUAUGUCAACCUCGUAGUGUGCAACUCGGGUCAGUACGGGCCCGGGAACCACUGGGAUCCGACCAAGAGCAUCUCGGAGCUGAGGAAGACCCUGUUCGACGAAAUGGACAUGGAAGCCAUGACGGCGACCUUCCACCUCAACGUCACCGGCGCCUACUUCACCAUGCUCGGCUUCCUCGAGCUGCUCGACGCCGGCAACAAGCGGGCUGUGGAGAAGGGCGGCUACGGCGCGCCCCUCACACCCGGCGGCAAGGCGCCCUCGAUCCAGAGCCAGGUAAUCUUCAUCGCCAGCGUCGCCGGCUACCUCAAGUCCAUCCGCUCGUCGCCCUCGUAUGGCGGCAGCAAGGCGGCUCUGAUCCAGUUGACCAAGGUCGCGGCGACCAUGCUGACGACGCAUGGGAUCCGCGUGAACGGGCUCGCUCCAGGGUUGUUUCCUUCGGAACUCGCUUCCCAUAUGAUCGGCGAACGCCAGCCCGAGAACGAGUCCCCCAAUGACCCGCGUUGGAUCCCGGCGAGGAAGUUUGGCGGGUACGACGAGAUGGGAGGAACUGUCCUGUACCUGGCGAGUCGGGCUGGCUCUUACUGUGAUGGACUCAUCCUGGUUGUGGACGGUGGCAGGCUCGCACAGACUCCCUCAACGUACUAAUUUUCCGGCUGGCAGCGCUAGCCUUUUGGCUUGUAGAGUUUUGGGCUGUGUCGUAUAGAGGAAUGACGAACGUUUUAAUGCAGGAG